UAUUAAAACCCUCUACACGCCAAGGUUGGGAACGGGCUUGGCAAUGGCUUCUUCAACAUUACUAUUAGCUUUUCCUCUGAUUCUGAUGCACAUUCUUGCUCCCACCAUAGCCCAGCAGCCAACCUUUCUCGAUUCAAUCUGUUCCAACGAUAACGGUAACUACACUGCCGAUAGCACCUACUCAACAAACCUUAAUCGCCUCCGCUCUUCUGUCUCUACCACCACAGAAUUCAAAGGCGGGUUCUACAAUAUAUCAGAAGGCGAAAGCUCAGAUAAAGUUAAUGCAAUUGCACUUUGUAGAGGAGAUGUCAGUAAAGACGUUUGCCUUAAUUGUCUCAAUGCGUCUAGUUUUGAGCUCCCCAGACGCUGUCCGAACCAGAAGGAGGGGAUUGUAUGGUACGACGAAUGCUUGUUCCGGUACUCCAAUAGGUCCAUUUAUGGUGAAAUGGAAGUAAAUCCUUUUUUUCGGAUGCCAAACUCCGUAAAUGUCACGAAUAUGAAUGAGUUCUAUCAGAGUUUGAGGACAUUGUUGGAUGAUAUAACAAAUAGAGCUAAACAAGGGGGUGAUCUUCGAAAGUUCGCAGUUGGAGAUACGCCUGCGCCAGAUUUCGAGACCAUAUUUGGUCUUGCACAGUGCACCCCUGAUUUAACUGAGCAGGCUUGCGAUGAUUGUCUUGGUGGUGCACUCCGUGAUUUUGCAAAUUGUUGUUCUGGGAGGGAAGGAGGCAGAGUGGUGAGACCGAGCUGUAAUAUAAGGUUUGAGAUAUAUCCUUUCUAUGAAUCGACGGCUGAAACCCUUUCUCCGCCUACAUCCAUACAGUCACCUCCUCCGUCGGUACAGUCACCUCCUCAAACUACUCUGCCUGAUGGAGGAAAGGAGAGCAAAACUUCUAGGACUAUUAUCGUCGUUGUGAUUCCAAUUAUUAGUGUUUUGGUGCUAAUGCUCUGCAUCUGCAGCUGCAUCUAUUUAAGACAGAGGAAGAGGAAGCCAAAGAAGAUUGAUGAAUCAGCUGUGAAUGAAAUUAGUGUCGUGGAAUCUUUGCAAUUCGACUUUAACACAAUCAAGACUGCAACCGAUAAUUUUUCAAAUAAGAUCGGACAAGGAGGAUUUGGUGCUGUUUACAAGGGCCGACUUUACAAUGGACAAGAAAUAGCCGUGAAGAGGCUGGCGAUGGGUUCUGGACAAGGAAAUAUUGAGUUUAAGAACGAGUUUUUGUUAGUGGCCAAGCUUCAGCAUCGUAAUUUAGUCAGGCUACUAGGAUUCUGCUCGGAAGGAGAUGAAAGAAUCCUCAUUUACGAGUUUGUGGCCAACACUAGCCUCGAUAACUUCAUAUUUGAUCCUGUCAAGCGCGCGCAACUUGACUGGGAAAGCCGUAGCAAAAUAAUUGGAGGCAUCACUCGAGGACUUCUUUACCUUCAUGAAGAUUCUCGGCUUCGAAUCAUUCACCGUGAUCUCAAAGCUAGCAAUAUUCUGUUGGACGCAGAUAUGAAUCCAAAAAUUGCAGAUUUUGGCAUGGCAAGGCUGUUUGAACAGAUGGAUGAAACUCAAAUCUAUACCAAUAGGAUCGUGGGAACCUAUGGAUAUAUGGCUCCAGAGUACGCACUGAAUGGAAGGUUCUCAGCUAAGUUAGAUGUCUAUAGUUUUGGUGUGUUAGUUCUCGAGAUUGUGAGUGGCCAGAGAAACAACUGCUUUAGUAACGGGGAGAUCACAGAAAACCUUUUGAGCUAUGCAUGGAGACAUUGGAAGGAAGGGACAGCAUCCAAUUUCGUUGAUUCAACUUUAAUGAACGGUUCGGGAAAUGAAAUGAUGAGAUGUAUCCAUGUUGCCUUACUAUGUGUUCAAGAAAAUGUGGCAGAUAGACCAACCAUGGCUUCAGUUGUUCUCAUGCUAGGCAGCUACUCUACCAAUCUUCAAAUGCCCUCUCAACCAGCAUUUUUAUUUCAAAGCAGCAAUGCGUCGAAUGUGUCGUCGUCAUUGAGCCGUAGUUCUCAGGUGACUGCAGGUUUAACACAACAGGACGCUGAAACUCUCCCUUUGUCAAGAAAUGAGGCUUCAAUUACUGAGUCCUAUCCUCGAUAG